CAUCGAUAAUCGCGUGGUGCGUGAGCCCGCUGCGGCUCGGACUCGGGGAGGUAGUGAGCAGCGCGCGGCCGGCGUGUGCCGGUGCAGGCGGUGCGUGGCGCGCGCGUGGCGCGGGCGGGGCGCGCGCGUCGGCCCGGGCGCCAGUCGCUCGGAGGCAGGCGGGCGGCUCGCGUCGCCCUGCGCUCUCUCACUGCACCGCUGCAACGCUGCGCUCGCGAACUCGCGACAAGGUACGCGACGCGGCACCACACCGCACGCUGCACAUGUUACACAUUACACUCGAACAUUUUUCAUUCAUCUUUUCGUAGUUUUUUGCUUUAUUGUCGGUCGAAUCCUAAUCCGCGAAGGAACCUUCUCGGGCCGCGUAUAUUGCCUUAAAUUAUAAUUUUAAAAACAUGCAACGGUUACUUUGAAAAUCAUUUUGAUACGCCGUCAAAAUUUGUUCGGGUGCCAGUGUUGGACGGACGCUCAGUUAGGUCAGACGGUCAGUUGUGUAAGUCAGUCAGUCAGUGCUUAGUUGAGUCAAUAAUCUAAGUAAAGUGCCUAAGUUACAUCUCUUAGAACAUUCAUAGACAAAUAGACGGUGUAGUGUAGUGAACAUUUGUGUAGAAUUUUUCAGUGAACCGUACUCAUAUUGAAUUUGGAAGAUAGUGGUGUUUUUUUCGAAUUCGAGCAGCGCUUCUGUUCGCCGAUUAUGAUAUAAAGUGAUGGAGCCGGUCCCGCGCACGCGGCGCAGCGGAGCGGCAGGCGGCGCGCGCACUCGCAGGCCGGAGAGCGCGGCGGGCGCGGCAGCGUAGCGCGGCGCGGUGGCGGGUGCGCGCGCGUCGGCGCCGGCGCAUGCACGCCACCGGCCACACGGACCGCUCGGGCGGCGGCGGCGGCGGCGGCUCCUGGCGCCUCCCGCCCGACGAGACCCUACAAGUCGCCGACCCCAAGUCCGCCAAGGAAGAGGACUUAUACCAAGGAGAUGGCCACAACUGGCGGAGCAUCAUAUUUUCUUUGAUGGUCAUCAGUUUUGUCAUAGCCGGUAUUGUCACAGCUAUCUAUCUAUUAGGGUAUGUGGACGAGUUGUUGUACUGGUCGGGUCGUCGUAUGCGCCUGGACGAGUUCCUGCACGGGGACCUGACGGGCGAGCGCCUGCCGACCACGUGGGUGAGCUCGCACCAGCUCGUGUACCAAGCAGACGACGGCGGCCUGCUGGCGCUCGACACCUUCAACAAUUCACUCACUGUUCUCGUCACCAAUCACACACUAAGGCAGCUAAAUGUGCGAGGCUACCAGUGUUCUCCGAACUUGCGUUACGUGCUCUUCCAACACAAUAUCAAGGAGGUUUACCGACGGACGUUUACUGCGCACUACACCGUUUAUGACGUCACAAAUGACCACCACAUCCCGCUGUUUGGCGAGGGCCAGCGCAGUUGGGAGUGGCAGCACGCGGCCUGGCUGGGCGGCGACGGGGCCCUGCUGCUGGCGGCCGACAACGAGGUGCUGGCGCGGCCCGGGCCCCCCGCGCGCCGGGCCCCGCUACUGCGCCUCACCACCGACGCCUCCCCCGGCGCUGUUUACAAUGGCGUCUCCGACUUUCUUUAUCAAGAGGAGGUGACGAAAACGGCAUCAGCGACGUGGGGUUCGUCGGACGGUACGUUGGUGCUGUACGUGCAGUACGACGACCGCGCCGUGUCGGAGCUGCGGCUGCCGCGCAUCGCCGACAGCCUGGCCGGCGCCGGCGCCGCCCGGGCCGGCUUCCUGCAGAUGCCCACCAACAACGCCUCCGCACACACUGUCUUCCCCGACCAAGUCACUGUCAGAUAUCCCACGCCUGGCAGUGCGAUACCAAAGGUAAAGUUAUGGAUAGUAAGUGUUCAAAACGUGACCUCACCGCCAAGAUGGGAAGUGAGGCCUCCAAGUACGUUAGAUGGAAUGGAAUAUUAUCUCAUAUCAGCCCAGUGGGUGGGCAAAGACAAUUCUCAUGUAGGUGUAGUGUGGAUGAAUCGAGCGCAAAACCUUACAGUUUAUAGCAGUUGUUAUGCUCCUAACUGGACUUGCACUGAGACGCACUCAGAAAAAGCGACAGAGGAGCCUUGGUUAGAGGUGCACCAGCAGCCUGUGUACUCGGAGGACGGCAGUGCGUUCCUCCUCCUCGCGGCCGUGCAGGAGGGAGGGGGGCAGUACUACACACACAUCAAGCACGUCGACGUACUGAGGCAACGCAUGGCUGUCCUCUCGCACGGGAAGGUCGAGGUCGCCGAGAUCCUGGCAUGGGACCAGGAAAACCAUUUAGUUUAUUAUUUAGGCAGCGCAGACCGGCCGGGGCAGCGGCAGGUGUACGUGGUGCGGGACCCGAGCUACGGCGGCGGCAGUAACUCGGUGAAGGCGCGCGCGGAGCGGGAGGAGCCGCGCUGCCUGACGUGCGAGCUGGCGGUGUGGCCGGCGCGGCUGCACUACGCCAACUGCUCGUGGUGGCGCGCCACGUUCUCGCCGGCGCGCGCGCGCCUCGGCAUCACGCACUACGUGCUGGAGUGCGCCGGCCCCGGCCCGCCGCUGGCCGGCCUGCACGACGCGCGCACGCACAAGCUAGAGAGGAUAUUGUAUGACACGAGGCCUUAUAGAUCAGUACGACUGCGCGAGUUGGCUCUGCCGACGCGGCGGUCAUUCGAAGUAGCAUUAGGCAGUGGCUCCAAGGCGAGAGUGCAGCUGCUACUGCCGCCAUCUUGGAGGGAGGAGCUCAGGGACGCUGCCUUUCCCGUGCUUGUUCAUGUAGACGGCAGGCCGGGUAGCCAGCAGGUGACGGAGGAGUUCCUGGUGGACUGGGGCUCGUACAUGUCAUCACGUAACGACGUGGUGUAUGUUAAGUUGGACGUGGCGGGCGCGCGGGGACUGCCGCGGGCGCUGCUGCGAGGCAGGCUGGGGGGAGUGGAAGUCGCUGACCAGUUGGCUGUUAUUAGAUAUUUAUUAGAAACGUUCAAGUUCCUGGACGUGACACGCGUGGCAGUGUGGGGCUGGGGCUACGGCGGCUACGUGACGGCCAUGUUGCUGGGCUCCCAGCAGUCCACGCUCAAGUGCGGCAUCGCUGUCUCGCCCAUCACCGACUGGCUCUAUUAUAACGCAGCAUUCACGGAGCGUAUCCUCGGCCAGCCGUCGGUGAACUACAAGGGCUACGUGGAGGCGGACGCGUCGCAGCGCGCGCACCACGUGCCGGCGCACGCGCUGUACCUGGUGCACGGGCUGGCCGACGUGUCCGCGCCCUACCCGCACGCGCUGCAGCUGGCGCGCGCGCUCACCGACGCCGGCGUGCUGUUCCGAUACCAGGCGUACGCCGACGAGGGUCACGACCUGAAGGGCGUGAUCGAGCACGUGUACCGGUCCAUGGAGGACUAUCUCCGCGAGUGCCUCUCCCUCGACCCCGAGGACACCAAGCUGCCGCCGCCCGACAGAUAGACCUCACCUAUUGUUAUCGUAAUACUGUAAAUAUGUACAUGAGACAUAGUGCUUUAAUCAAAUGUGUUCCCCACGGCUCGACGGCCUCUGUCGGCACACCGACCACCUCGUCGCGUGUCAGUGCGAAACCUCUUGUGAUUAGUAUUAGGUACUUAUGAAAUUUGUUAUGAUGAAUAAAGUUGCAUGAAUUGAAUUACUAAAAACACUAGUAUUAGUGAAAUAAUUAGGUUGAUUUUGUAAUAGAUAGAAACCAGACGACGGACUACGAAAGUACUUAAGAUAAAUUCUUCGAAUUCAAUAUUUCCUCAUCGAAUCCAUGAUUCAGCUUCAGCACCAUUCGGCUAUACUAUCGUACUGUGUCUUUUGCUAGCUCCUAAGAGCCUAGAUAGGGAAUAAAUUGUAGACAACAAGUCGUAAGAUAUCAACACAUUUUGUAAGCAGACGACGUCUCGGCCAGAGACGCGCGAGGCACACAUCGUCGUGACGACUACAACCCGAGCUUGUUCUAUUAGGCUUUUACUACUAUUUUCUACUGCGCCUUUACUAUCAAGCUUUUCUAUUUUAUCUAUUCGUAUAGAAGUGUCCACUUGUACUGUACAUAACGUGGUAUUACACAGUUGUAACAAAUUGAACAUUUAUGUAACCAAAGCUGACUGACAGGAAUACAAACUCAAUUAUUUUAAUUGUCGUCGAACAUAUUUAUUAGUUUUGUAAUGAUACUUUACUUCGAUGAUUGUUGUUAAACACUUUUAAACUACGAAAAAUGAGGAGCUUAUCAUUUAGGGAAAAAUUUACUAGGCCUUUUGAAGUGAACGUUUAUGUUACAGAUGUUUAAAAUGUUAUGUUUUAUAAAAUUAUAGCGCUGUUGAAAAUACCUCAUGCGACAAUGUACAUAGAAUAAUUCUAAUCAUAAUAAUAUGUUAUUUGAUAGAACGAAACGCGUUUUAUAGUGACUUAUAAUAUUUAGAAAUGAAGUGACCUUGAUCAUCCCCUUACCUUAGCUGCUUUGGCUCCAUCACAUCAUCAUUUCCUAAUCUUCCUAGUCGAUAAGAGUGCAGGCAGAGAGGGCCUGUACCAGCCGCGUGACUCGCAGGCCCCGGCCGGCCACUCGCGCCCGAUACUUCGUAGUCAGUGGAUAUCACGUCACUGUGCCACUCAAAACAAAACAUUUGAGUAUUAAGCUUGUACAAAAUAGUCGAUAAAUUGAGCUAGAAAAUUUGCCUUUCUGAUAGAUAUUUCAGUAACGCAGUCUCUGAGUUUGAAUCAAGUUGUUUGAAGUUGUGAUGUCUAUGUAUGUACAUAGAGGACAGAGGAAGGUAGCGGUGUGACAGCGCGCCGCCCUCGCGCGACUGACGCGAGCGACGCGAACGACGCGAAUCGCGUGUCGGCGGGAGGCGGCCGCGUCGACACGUUGUUGUUGAUUUCGGUAACUGUGACAUAACUAGAUAAUUCAUUGUUGUUGUAUAGAGAUAAUAAACGUUUGCCGAUAUUGUUAAGUGUUAUCGGAUACCUGCAUAGACGCAUAUCGUACAUUCCAUGUUUGUGAAGACUGCCAAUUUGGUCUAAAUUUUACAAUCAUUGUACUAAUUAAAUACCUACGAUACGUCGAUGAGAUUAAUUUCAAUUGCCGUUAUGGUCUUAAGGAUGCUGUGAUUCUUCUAUUGCAUAAUUGUAUGUAACGAUAAAGGAUUAAAUUUUAUUAAAUAAUAAUUAAAAUAAUGUCUCCAUCUGACAUUGCGUAGGGCCUAGUGAAAUCGAAUUCGUUGUAAUUAUUAAAAAUAAUUAUCAUAAGGUUAAUGUUAAUUUAGAUAUUUUGAAAAAUUCUUCCAUUAUAAAAUAAACAAUAUUGCUUUGUUCUCCAGUUAUGAAACAAAACAUAGACAAUAUAAUACGGGCUACGUGUACGUCACACACAUAUGAGAUUUUAUAGUUAGAUAAAAUACGAGAGAGUUCGGAAACCGGGUGCUUUAAAUUUUACAUCAUGUUGUACGUAUUGAUUUCAUUAGCGAAUGUUCUCUAGUUAUACACUGCGAGGCGGGCCCGACCGGGCCGCCCGCGCUAAGUAAGAGUACUUCCCAUUUCUCAUCAUUAUGAGAUAUUCAGCGGAUAACACCAAUUAAAUUCAUAUUAUAGUAUUUAUAUAAAGAAACGACAAACUUACCGGGUUGUUACGAAAUUUUAGCACAAUGAUGGAUCUAAUCGUUUGCACGCCGCUUCACUCCUAACUUUCACUCCUUUCCAGUCUCUAGUCCUUAGUCUUCCAGUACAGCGAAAGCUUCCGUACCUUGUCUUAUUCUUGAUGCAGGAAAGUAGAAACUAUGUGAUGACUAUGUCAAUUAUUUCACUUUUCCAACUCUGAUCAGCUACGUAAUUGUUAAUUUCGUUUACUUCUAAAAUGUCCUUCGAUAAAAUCUCUAUAUAAAAUUUAGAUUUUCGUCCUAGUUUAUCCAGAUUCAAUGGAUGUGGUAUAAAUGUGAAUCAGUAAUGCUGUGUUCUUAGGAUCCCUGCAUUAAACGCUAUACUGCACUCCACACGCACAUUACAUAAUAUAUUUAAUCGUAUAGGUUGGUAAACAAUUAUGAUUUAAGUGACUACGGACGAUAAAGCAGCAGAAACAUUCGAAAUGCUCGAAGUGACGGUGGUAGCGAGGUUAACAUUUGUCAAUUUAGCUAAGCAAUAAAACAAAGUGAAUAAUGUAGAGUACACAGUACUGCGUGUGUGUGGAGUGCAGUUGGGAUGCAGCGUAGUGUCCGCCUUGUAUCUUUAGAGUGCCGCGGAUUGCUCCCUUAGCGGUUAGAUUGAAGACGAACGAUAUUGAAUACAACACUAAUAUACUGACAGAAGUGUAGCCUGUUAAUUACCCAACGUGUGUGAUCUAAGAGAUCAGUGGUUUAUAAAACAAGCCAGUCCAGUUACGAGCGUGGCAUAUAUGGGAUGUUGUAUUCAGUAGCGCGCCGUUUGAUGGCCCUAGAAAUCAUCUAAAAAUCUACGUUAUUGUUAAUCAGUGUUAUAAAUCUUAUCGUCUCGUUUAAGAGUUACAGUGUUGUAUAGAUUGGUACGUUUGAUUUGUAAAAAUUCUGAGAUUAUUCUGUUAUUAUUGUAAAGUUUCUUUGAAUAAAUAAAAUUUUGAAAUUUACAUAAUCGUUCA